CGCGACUCGAUUGACUCUCUGUCGGAGAUACGUCUCGAAGGUCGACGUCUGGUGCUAGACAGGAGUGUCGUCAACCACCACUCGGUCAACUACGACCGCCUGACCGAGAUCCUCGCUGCGGAAAAUCUUUCGAUAUCACCGCCACCUUCACAUAUGUCCAUGCUCGGUACCUCCGUAGUUAGCUUGGACCCGUUCGCGAAACGUGUGAUGAUAUGUCGGCAGCAUGUCGGCAGCGUGCACCAGGGACACCCGCGCACGUACUCGGAUCUCGUUUAG